UCCAACAUUUUGAUCACAGCAUGAGGGGAAAAAAAUGAAAAAAAAAGGAAAAACCUAGUAUGACGAAUUAUAGCCUAGUCUAGCCAGUAACAUUGUUAAUAGUAAAUUGACAGAAUAUCGUUUCCUCUCUGACAGCUGCUGGACCUCGACCAUAACAUAGCUCAAAUAAAUACAAAAGGCUCCUUUAAACACAAGCCGAGUAGUCGAUUUCCGAGCGCAUCGAUGCGUCUGUCAGCGUGAACGAUUGCUCUUUCUGCUGUGAGCACUGCUCCUCUGGCGUGAUCCACAGUUCCCCGCCGCACUCCGAGCUCUACUACAGAUGCGCUGGAGACACAGCUUGCUUUCGCUGACAUCAUGGAUUUUAGUGUAAAGAAACUAGCCUCGGAUGCGGGAGUAUUUUUUUCUCGAGCUGUCCAGUUCACUCAGGAGAAUCUGGGACAGGCAGAGAAGACUGAGCUGGACGCUCACUUUGAAAACCUGCUCGCCAGAGCCGACUGCACCAAGAACUGGACAGAGAAAAUCUUCAAACAGACAGAAUAUCUACUGCAGCCAAACCCAAGUGCCAGGAUCGAGGAGUUCCUGUAUGAGAAGCUGGACAGGAAGCUGCCCUCUCGGCCCACCAACGCUGAGCUGCUGGGCCACUACAUGCUGGAGGCCGCCAAGGACUUUGGGCCUGGAACACCCUACGGAAGUACCCUGAUCAAGGUGGGGGAGUGUCAGCAGCGACUGGGCGGAGCCGAGCGAGAGUUCCUGCAGACGAGCGCCAUCAGCUUCCUCACGCCGCUCCGCAACUUCCUGGAGGGAGACUGGAGGACCAUAUCAAAAGAGCGGCGUCUGCUGGAGAACCGGCGUCUGGACCUGGACGCAUGCAAAGCCCGCGUGAAGAAGGCCAAAGCAGCCGAGACCAAGGCAGCGGCUGUACCAGAUUUCCAGGAGACCAGACCACGCAAUUAUGUUCUGUCUGCCAGCGCAUCAGCGAAUGUAUCUCUCUUUUCCUUCCCGUGCGGCCAUGGGCUCUCUCAGCUGUGGACUGAGGAGGUGGACAAAGCUGAGCAUGAGUUACGUGUGGCCCAGACGGAGUUUGACAGACAAGCCGAGGUGACACGCCUCCUGCUGGAGGGAAUCAGCAGUACACACGUGAAUCACCUGCGCUGCCUGCACGAGUUUGUGGAGGCGCAGACGGCCUACUACAACCAGUGCCACCGCGUCAUGCAGGACCUGCACCAGGAGCUGGGCAGGUUCUCCAGUUCCUUCGGGAGGAACCCCGGUUCCACCCCGGACCCUGUGGCGUGUGCGUCGAGCCCCACGGCGUCGGAGACGGACGUGCUGCAGAUCGAGGAGGUCCAGCCGCCGGCCAGCGGCACACGCAAGGCCAAGGUUCUGUACGACUACGACGCCGCCGACACCAGCGAGAUGUCCCUAUUGGCCGACGAGCUCAUCACAGUGUACACGGUGCCAGGCAUGGACUCUGAUUGGCUGGUGGGAGAGAGAGGAAACCAGAAAGGGAAGGUGCCCGUCACGUACCUUGAACUCCUGAGCUAAGAGGUUAAAGGUCAUCAGCUACCUACGCACACACACACACACACACACACACACACACACACGUCAUACUCAAACCUACACAAACAUUCACACACCCACACCCACACCCAAACCCGUGCACACUGCACACACACCCACACCCACGUCCGUCCACACACACGGAUGCACGCACGUUGGACACACACGCACACGCACACGAACACACACCUUAUACAAAUCACACAUUUAUUUAAGUAUACUGUUACAAGCACCCAUUGACGCACGCACACACCCACCCACAGACACACACACACACACGCACACACACACACGCACACUCCCACACUCCAUAUGUUGACCUCUAAUGAAGAAUUGCCAGGUCAAGGUCAAAUUAAGCCACGCCAAGCGACCCCUGAGAGUUUACAUUCUGCACUGAACGCCCCGCAGCUCACUCAUGGGUCUCCUCCUGCAGCUCCCUCCACUCUCAACAUGUUGUGAUCUUCACGUGUGGAGCUACAGUGCUGACGGCGCCAUCUUGCUUUAAAUGUGCCACCUGCUUAUUUUACACCACACACAAGCAUUAUGUGUUGCCAACCCCUGUGUCUUAGUGUCACUAGGAUUAUUUUGGACCCUCCAUCACAUACGAACACACACACAGACACACACACAUACACACACACACACACUCAAGGUUUCUCCUUAAUUAUACUAACAGCAUGCAUUAAAAAGCUGACAUACAGCUGACACACAACGCAACAACUGAGAACCCCAAAUAAACGAUCACAACAAUACUACCAAGAGUACUCUUCUGCCUGAUGAAAAGCCCCAAAUAAACGAUCACAACAAUACUACCAAGAGUACUCUUCUGCCUGAUGAAAAGCCCCAAAUAAACGAUCACAACAAUACUACCAAGAGUACUCUUCUGCCUGAUGAAAAGCCCCAAAUAAACGAUCACAACAAUACUACCAAGAGUACUCUU